CCCGCCCGCGCCGCGCAGGCACCACCCGCUCUCUCCUGGCCGGCCUCUCUCCGCCUGGGCUCCUCCGCUCCUGCUUGUGUUUUCACGGUGGUGCCGCGCUGUUGCUGUUCUUGGCGCGUCUGGCUGCGAUCGAUCCUCGAUCCUCCCCCUCCCUUCUCUCGCCAGCUGCGGCGACCGCGACCGCGACCGAGAGGCGGUGGAGGGCAGAGGCUAAGCGGGAUGACGAAGCUGCCGUGGUGGCGCGCCGACGCGUCGGAGAUGAUGGCCGUCACGGCGAUGGGCGUCUGGGAGGCCGUGCUCGCCGGCGGCGGCAGGAGAUUCAUCAAGCGCAAGGACAGCGACGCCGGCGAGACGGGUCGGGCACUGGAGGAGUUGCGAAGCUCCUUGUACAAUGAAAUGCAUAGUUCAGAAGGUGCUAAGCGCCAGCAGCAGCGAUUCUGUGGACCAAGUGUUGCACUGACAUUCAAUUUCGCUGUUGCUGUUGGUAUUAUCAUGGCAAAUAAAAUGGUGAUGGGGAGUGUUGGAUUUAAGUUCCCAAUUGCACUCUCAUUAAUUCAUUACGCAGUUGCAUUUGUUCUAAUGGCCACCCUUAAGACAUUAUCCUUGUUACCAGUUGCCCCUCCAUCGAAAUCCACUCCUUUCUCAUCUAUAUUUGCUUUGGGUGCUGUAAUGUCCCUGUCCACUGGGCUAGCCAACGUGAGUUUGAAACAUAACAGUGUAGGUUUCUAUCAAAUGGCUAAGAUUGCUGUAACCCCAACAAUUGUUGUAGCUGAAUUCAUGCUUUUCCAGAAGAAAGUUUCCUCUCAAAAGGCUAUCACACUGGCAGUUGUGUCAUUUGGAGUCGCUGUAGCGACUGUUACUGAUUUGGAGUUCAACUUUUUCGGUGCUUGUGUCGCAUUAGCAUGGAUUGUUCCUAGUGCCGUUAACAAAAUCCUUUGGUCAAGUUUGCAACAGAGUGGAAACUGGACAGCUCUUGCGCUGAUGUGGAAGACUACUCCAAUUACGAUAUUUUUCUUAUUGACAUUGAUGCCUUUGCUGGAUCCCCCUGGCUUGUUGCUGUUCAAUUGGAACAUCAGAAACAGCUGCGCUAUUAUCAUUUCUGCAUUGUUUGGCUUCCUUCUUCAGUGGUCUGGUGCUUUGGCACUCGGUGCGACGUCAGCCUUGUCUCAUGUUGUGCUGGGCCAAUUCAAAACCAUCGUCAUCAUGCUCUCCGGCUACCUGAUUUUCGGCUCCGACCCUGGGAUCACCAGCGUCUGCGGAGCCGUCGUCGCACUCGGCGGCAUGUCCUUCUACACCUACCUGGGUCUGAAGAAAGACUCGGCGACCAGCGGCAAGAAAGCGCCGUCGAGACAGAACUCCUUCAUGGCGAGACCUAAGGUUGCUGCAGAAAGUGAUGACGUGGAUUCAGAGCAAGAAGAUACCGUGUAGGUUGCCAGGUUGGGGAAGCUGUCAUCUAGGUCACUUAAUGCAAGGAUCGAUCUGAGCUCAGUUAACUUCGGUUUGUUGUAAUCUGUCGGUGACCGAAUCCAUUUUUGUACAUAGAAGCCAAAACCUUUGACCUAGAGCAACUCCAAGAGAGUAGCCAUUUGUCAUGAAAAAUCUUAUUUUAGGUAUUUUUAGAAGAAUCACGGCUCCAACAAUUAUUCUAUCAUAUUUUUUCAAAAAAAAAA